GACCCCAGCCACAGACACCGAGGCCACAAAGAAGAAGAAGAAGAAGAUGAUGAUGAUGAUGAUGAUGAUUAUGAUGAUGAUGAUGAUGUCUCUACUGAGUAUGGACACCAGGCCCACAGGCACCAAGACCACAGAAAGGAAAAGGAUGAGCCUGUCUCAGGUGAACACCACAAUCAUGUCCCUGACCACAGGCACAAAGGCCACAGAGAAGAGGAAGAAGAUGAGGAUGUGUCCACUGAACAUUGGCACCAGGGUCCCCAACGUGUCCACCAUGGCCUUGUAGAUGAGGAAGAGGAAGAAGAGGAGAUCACAGUCCAGUUCAGCCACCGUGUUGCAAGCCACCAACCUCAAGGCCACAAGAGUGAUGAAGCGGACUUCCAAGAUGAGUAUAAAACAGAAGUCCCCCACCAUCACCACCACAGAGUCCCCAGGGAGGAAGAUGAGGAGGUCUCCGCUGAGCUUGCCCACCAGGUCCCCAACCACAGGCAAAGUCACCAAGAUGAAGAAACUGGCCAUGGUCAAAGAGGGUCCAUCAAAGAGAUGAGCCAUCACCCCCCAGGACACACAGUGGUCAAGGAUAGAAGCCAUGUGAGGGAGGAUGAUUCUGAGGAGGAAAAGGAGAAGGAAGAGGACCCUGGCUCCCAUGAGGAAGAUGAUGAAAGUUCAGAGCAGGGAGAGAAAGGCACCCACUAUGGCAGCCGGGACCAGGAAGAUGAGGAGGAUGAGGCGGAAGGUCAUGGCCUCAGCCUGAAUCAGGAGGAGGAAGAAAAGGAAAACAAGGAGGAGGAGGAGAAAGAAGAGGAGGAGAGGAGGGAAGAGAGGGCUGAAGUUGGGGCCCCACUGAGCCGAGACCACAGCGAGGAGGAGGAGGAGGAGGAGGGGCUGGAGGAAGAUAAGCCCCACUUCACCAUCAUCCCCAACCCACUGGACGGGAGAGAGGAGGCUGGCGGUGCCUCCUGUGAGGAGGAAAGCGGUGAGGACACAGGUCCACAGGACGCUCAGGAGUACGGGAACUACCAGCCAGGGUCCCUGUGUGGCUACUGCUCCUUCUGCAAUCGAUGCACUGAAUGUGAGAGCUGUCACUGUGAUGAGGAGAACAUGGGUGAGCACUGCGACCAGUGCCAGCACUGUCAGUUCUGCUAUCUCUGCCCGCUGGUCUGCGAAACGGUCUGCACUCCAGGAAGCUACGUCGACUAUUUCUCCUCGUCCCUAUAUCAAGCCCUGGUGGACAUGCUGGAAACGCCGGAACCCUGACCCAGUCGCUCGACUGCGACACAGCGGUACCUCCCUUUGCCUUCCAACCCCUUUCCAUGAGCCAUAUUUAUUUCUCUGAAUAAACGUGCUCCCCGAAACCUCA